AUGGUUCUUGGGUGGCGACCUAUGAUGCGUGGCGUGAUGCUGGUCCUCGUGACGCUGCUAGUUCAGUCGGUUAUGGGUGCGGUUAGCUGGGAAGAGCUGCAGCCGCUGCGGGAGGCCAACGGGCUUAUCAGGGUGACAGACGACAACUACGAGUGGGUGUCGAAGGGGGCGCGGGAGUUUUACUCGAUGGUGCUGGUGACGUCGUCUGUGCCGAACUCGAAGGGUGCGGCGUGCGAGCUGUGCGCGGCGGUGCAGCCGACGUUCGAGAAGGUGGUGGGGUCGUUCCAUGGCUCUGUCCAGGCGGACGACCAGCGGCUGUAUCAGUUCUUCCUGCUGGACGUGAACCUGAACCCGAAGUUUGUGAAGGAGAUGCGGCUGCGCUCGCUGCCGCACUUCUUCGUGUAUCCGCCCAGCCCGGAAGACGAGUCGUUUGCGUGGGCGCGGAACCCGCUGUACCAGUACGAGAUGACGCCGGACGGCGCGAAGGACGCGAUAAAGCUUGCGGACUUCGCGGCGAAGCUGGUGAACAUCCAUGUCAAGGUGCCGGAGGACUUCAACGCCUCGUCCUUUUUCAGCUCCUUCGUAGGGUUCACGGUGGUGUUCGUGGCGCUGAAGAGGUUUGUGCGCGCACAGAUAUCGCACAAGGGUAGGUAUUCCGGAUGUCUUCUGGCGCUGCUGGUCAUCAUGGUGUCCAUCACGGGCUUGAAGUUCACCCAGAUCAACCAGAUUCCGUUCCUAGCGAAAAAUGACAAGGGGGCCAUAAUGUUCUUCGCUGGAUCGAUGGGGUGGCAGUUCGGGAUCGAGAUCAUCUCGGUCUCGGUGAUGUACCUGCUGAUGGCCACUUGCGUGCUAAUGCUUAUAUGGCUUGGGCGGGGUCUAGCAAAGGCACAGAAACGUGCGCGCAUUGUUCUGACUGUUAUGAUAAACGUGAGCCUGUUCUACGCGUUCUCUUAUUUCCUCUCAUGUUACAAGGUCAAGCUACCUGAUUACCCGUAUGCUAUCUGA